AUGGAAAACUCUCAAGCAAUUUUUACUAUCAAAAAGUGCCUCAUACCUCCUAUCGAAAUUGACCCAAGACUCCUAAAAUCAGCCCUAAUUGAAGAAAUAGAUACUUCAGGCCUGAACUUAAAAUUAAAUAAAUAUCUCAAUAGAAAGCAUGAAAUCCAAAACAUGAAAAGGCUUCAAAGCCAAAAAAGCCAACUCAGAGACGAGAAGCUUAGAAAAAACAAAGAAGAAAUGGCUAGAAUCAGACAGGAAAACCAAAAGCGGCAAGACGAAAAAGCCCAGCAAGACCAAAGAGAAUAUCAACGCUUGUGUAAGGCUCAAGAAUUGAUGUCGGCAUGCCCUAAUAUUUAUGACGUAAAUGCUGCGUUUUUUUACUUAGAAGCAGGGAAUUGGGAUGUGGCGAAGGCUAUUCAAUGCUAUUCAGAAAGCUCUGGAGAUAUGGCUCCAGCUGAUAUUGCUAGAAAUAGGGCAAGAAUUAAUAUCCGAUUUAUCAUGCCAAAUGGUGCAGAAUUUACUGAAGUAUUUGACGCAAGCCAACCAAUGUGGAGCAUGCUCAGCAAAAUCUAUGAAAAAUUAACUGAAAGGCGGAACUUUGUCGUAAAAACCAGCAGGGCUUCACCUCCAAUAAAGAUGGAAGACAUGACCCGAGUUACAUUUACUCAGUUUGGCUGUGAACCUAACACUACCUUCAUAGUAGAAUAUGAAUAA